CGUCAUAUCCUGGUUUCAACUCAAAACCUCGAAAAAUCCAUUGACACUUUUAUUUUGAAACCGGAAGUGGUGAUUGACGCCACUGCGGUGACACGUGUGUAAUGGCUGCGCACAAACAGGACGUUUAACAGCUGCAUCUUAAACUCAGAGACAAAGGAAGUUGACAUCACUCGUCAUCACCUGGGUGGGCGGAGUCUACCUGUACGUGACCCUUUGUCUUCCCACAGCUGAGACACAGAACAAGAUGGAGGGAAAGCAGCCGCGGUGGGAGGAGCCAGCGGACUCAAAGCAGACGAGGAAGAUGAGGAGCGGUGAUGAUGAUAGUUCUGAUGAGGAGAAGAACUUCACUCUGCUCUCUGAGAGACGAGGAAGAGGAGAGACUGAGGAAGAACAGAGACACAACAGAGGAGAGGACGAGGAGGAAGUCAGUGAUGAGGGGACAGAAGAAGAGGAGGAGUCUGACGGAGGUGAUGAAGAUGAGGAGGAUGAUGAUGAUGAAGAAGAAGCAGAAGCAGAUGAUGUUGGUGGCAGUAAAAUCCAGACAAGAGAGGAUAUUAAAAAAGAAUUGUCCCACAUGUCCUUUGAAGACGUCAUGAAGCUGCAGAACAAAGUCGGGACCAAAGUUUACAACGAGGUCACUUGUGGAAACAGAGAGAAACCGAAGAGCGGCGAGAAGAGACGACUGAACAAGAACAGACCAAUGGAGAUUUCAGCCAAGAGGCCGGCGCCGUUUCUCCGUCAGGUCGUGGCCGUCAGGAAACCGACGCUGAGAGAUCCUCGAUUUGACGACUUGUCGGGAGAAUACAAGCCGGAGAUCUUUGAGAAGACGUACAAGUUCAUCGACAACAUCAAAGAGAGAGAGAAAGAGGUCGUCCAGAAGCAGCUGAAGAGGAAGAAGAUGAGUGAAGAGAAGAAGGAGAAACUUCAGUUCCUCCUGAAGAGGAUGGAGAACCAGGAGCGGGCGAGGAAGAGCAGAGAGCAGCAGAGAGAGAGAGAGCUGCAGUUCAAGAGGCAGCAGAGAGAGCGAGCCAAUCAGGGCGCUCAACCCUUCUUCCUUAAGAACUCGGAGAAGAAGAAGCUGCAGCUGGCGGAGAAGUACCAGGAGCUGAAGAAGACUGGGAAACUGCAGAACUUCCUGAGUAAGAAGAGGAAGAGGAACGCGGGGAAGGAUCGCAGGAAGCUGCCGCCGCAGAACGCCAAGUCCUCGUGAAAGGGUUCGGGUUAAAGCCUGUCGGCUGCAGCCUGUAAUGACUCGUCUCUGCCUGCAGGGGCAGCUGCAGUUUCAACAACUGUGGUUUCAACAAACUUUAGUUUGACAAAAUAAUUUCAGCUGUUUUCAGGCAUGAAGAGUUUUUCACAGAUGAAGAAGAAGCAGUGUGGGAACUCUGCUCCCGCCGGGUUCACACAAAGAUCUGAAAAUGUAUUCAAUGUAUACAAAAGACGUUUUGUCCUUUUGUUAUAAGAAGUGACUUGAAUGAAUUGUGUAGUUUCUGUAUUUUAUUUCAAUAAAAGCACCUACAAUAUA